AUGGACAAGAUGAAAGAUAUUCUAUAUGCAUCAGCAGUAGGGAGCAUCAUGUAUGCUCAGGUCUGUACGCGUCCAGAUAUUGCUUUUGUGAUUGGAAUGUUGGGUAGGUACCUUAGCAAUCCAGGGAUGAACCAUUGGAUAGCUGUUAACAAAGUAUUGCGCUACUUACAAAGGACAAAGGACUUCGCACUCACGUAUAGGAGAUCCGACCAUUUGGAGCUGGUUGGAUAUACAGAUGCAGAUUUUGCGGGCUGUGUCGACAGUAAGAAAUCUACCUCGAGCUAUGUAUUCAUGAUGGGUAGUGGAGCCGUAUCAUGGAAGAGCGUAAAACAGUCGAUUCCAGCAUCUUCUACCAUGGAAGCAGAGUAUGUAGCUUGUCAUGAAGCCACGAGUCAGGCGAUUUGA